UUACUGGGCCAAAGUGUCGACGCUAGAAGCCCAGAAAACCUCGGGUAUAAUAAAACCCUAAUCCGUUUUGAGAGUGUCGGGAUUUUGGGUGUUUGCUGCUGCUGCUGCUGCUGCUGCUGUGAAGAUGGUGAAGGGACGUCAAGGAGAGCGAGUCAGGCUUUAUGUGAGGGGUACAAUCCUUGGAUACAAAAGAUCCAAAGUAAACCAGUACCCAAACACAUCUCUGGUCCAAAUUGAAGGAGUGAACACCAAAGAAGAGGUAGCUUGGUAUGCCGGCAAGAAAAUGGCAUAUAUCUACAAGGCCAAGGUGAAGAAGAACGGAACCCAUUACCGUUGCAUAUGGGGCAAGGUUACAAGGCCUCAUGGUAACAGUGGUAUUGUUCGUGCCAAAUUCAAAUCAAAUCUUCCUCCCAAAUCAAUGGGAUCUCGCGUAAGAGUAUUUAUGUACCCAAGUAACAUAUGAGAUCAGGUUAGGACUCUGGGAUGAUAUUUAGUAGCCUCAAGGAUUGUUGUUUCUUUUUAAAUUUUGACAAAUUAUUUUUCUGUUUAGACCGUUCAAUGAUGGAAUGUUGUCUGCCACAGUAUUGGCUGUUUAUGAAAUAUUAUAUUCAACACUAUGUGUAUGUGGACUUGGUUAUCUCAUGUAAUUACAAUAUUAAUUUUUAUUGCAUUUAAUCUAUUAA